GCCCGGGCCCUCGCCUCACCCCGACGCCCCGGCGUGCGCGUCCUCCCGCCGGCCUGCAGGCCCGGGGCCUCUGCCUGCCAGCCCGCCGCUGCUCCUCGCGGCCCCGGCUCGCGUUCACGCUGUCGCCCGGGCCGGCGCGGCCGCGGGCAACCGCUCCCCCUCCCACACCUACCCCGCCCCCUCCCCGCCUUUUCCGCCCUCCCGUCCCCCUCCCUCGGCCCGCCGCCGCUGCUCCAGAUGAGGUGAUGGCAACGGCCAACUUCGGCAAGAUCCAGAUCGGGAUUUACGUGGAGAUCAAGCGGAGCGAUGGCCGAAUACAUCAAGCAAUGGUAACAUCUUUAAAUGAAGAUAAUGAAAGUGUAACUGUUGAAUGGAUAGAAAAUGGAGAUACAAAAGGCAAAGAGAUUGACCUGGAAAGCAUCUUUUCACUUAACCCUGACCUUGUACCUGAUGAAGAAAUUGAACCCAGUCCAGAAACACCCCCACCUCCAACCUCUUCAGCCAAAGUAAACAAAAUUGUAAAGAAUCGACGGACUGUGGCUUCUGUUAAGAAUGAUCCUCCUCCAAGAGAUAAUAGAGUGGUUGGUUCUGCACGUGCACGGCCUAGUCAACUUCCUGAACAGUCUUCUUCUGCACAACAGAAUGGUAGUGUUUCAGAUAUAUCUCCAGUUCAAGCUGCAAAAAAGGAAUUUGGACCCCCUUCACGUAGAAAAUCUAAUUGUGUGAAAGAAGUAGAGAAAUUGCAGGAAAAACGAGAAAAAAGGAGACUUCAACAGCAAGAACUUAGAGAAAAAAGAGCCCAGGAUGUUGAUGCUACAAACCCAAAUUAUGAAAUUAUGUGUAUGAUCAGAGACUUUAGAGGAAGUUUGGAUUAUAGACCAUUAACAACAGCAGAUCCUAUUGAUGAACAUAGGAUAUGUGUUUGUGUGAGAAAACGACCACUCAAUAAAAAAGAAACUCAAAUGAAAGAUCUUGAUGUAAUCACAAUCCCUAGUAAAGAUGUUGUGAUGGUACAUGAACCAAAACAAAAAGUAGAUUUAACAAGGUACCUAGAAAACCAAACAUUUCGUUUUGAUUAUGCCUUUGAUGACUCAGCUCCUAAUGAAAUGGUUUACAGGUUUACAGCUAGACCAUUAGUGGAAACUAUAUUUGAAAGGGGAAUGGCUACAUGCUUUGCUUAUGGGCAGACUGGAAGUGGAAAAACUCAUACAAUGGGAGGUGACUUUUCAGGAAAGAACCAAGAUUGUUCUAAAGGAAUUUAUGCAUUAGCAGCUCGAGAUGUUUUUUUAAUGCUAAAGAAGCCAAACUAUAAGAAGUUGGAACUUCAAGUGUAUGCAACCUUUUUUGAAAUUUAUAGUGGAAAGGUGUUUGACUUGCUAAAUAGGAAAACAAAAUUAAGAGUGCUCGAAGAUGGAAAACAGCAGGUUCAAGUGGUGGGAUUACAGGAACGGGAGGUCAAAUGUGUUGAAGAUGUACUGAAACUCAUUGACAUAGGCAACAGUUGCAGAACAUCCGGUCAAACAUCUGCUAAUGCACAUUCAUCUCGGAGCCAUGCAGUGUUUCAGAUUAUUCUUAGAAGAAAGGGAAAACUACAUGGCAAAUUUUCUCUUAUUGAUUUGGCUGGAAAUGAAAGAGGAGCUGAUACUUCCAGUGCAGACAGGCAAACCAGGCUUGAAGGUGCUGAAAUUAAUAAAAGCCUUUUAGCACUCAAGGAGUGCAUCAGAGCCUUAGGUAGAAAUAAACCUCAUACUCCUUUCCGAGCAAGUAAACUCACUCAGGUGUUAAGAGAUUCAUUCAUAGGUGAAAACUCUCGUACCUGCAUGAUUGCCACAAUCUCUCCAGGAAUGGCAUCCUGUGAAAAUACUCUCAAUACAUUAAGAUAUGCAAAUAGAGUAAAGGAGUUUGGAAUUAGUCCAUCAGACAUUCCCUUCUCACAGGGUAGUGGCAGUCGCCCUGAUCUCUCUCCUUCUUAUGAGUAUGACGACUUUUCUCCUUCGAUUACCAGGGUGAAAGAACUGACUGUGGAUCCAACUGCUGCUGGUGAUGUACGUCCAAUAAUGCAUCAUCCACCAAAUCAAAUUGAUGACUUAGAGGCUCAGUGGGGUGUGGGGAGUUCCCCUCAGAGGGAUGACCUCAAACUUCUUUGUGAACAAAAUGAAGAAGAGGUUUCUCCACAAUUGUUUACUUUCCAUGAAGCUGUCUCACAAAUGGUAGAAAUGGAAGAACAAGUUGUAGAAGAUCACAGGGCAGUGUUCCAGGAAUCUAUUCGAUGGUUAGAAGAUGAAAAGGCUCUCCUGGAGAUGACUGAAGAAGUAGACUAUGAUGUAGAUUCAUAUGCUACGCAACUUGAAGCUAUUCUUGAGCAAAAAAUAGACAUUUUAACUGAGCUACGGGAUAAAGUGAAAUCUUUUCGUGCAGCUCUACAAGAGGAAGAACAGGCCAGCAAGCAAAUCAACCCGAAGAGACCCCGUGCUCUUUAAAUCGGCAUUUGCUGUUAAAGGAUCCCAGGACCCUCACUACUGUAACAUACAAUAAUGGUUCAGCUGUCAGGGCCAUUUGAAAGUUUGAAAUUUUAAGUGUCUGUGGAAAAUGUCUUGUCCCUUCACCUGAAUGACAUUUCAGUUUUGUGAAACACUCCUUUGUCUGCGAGAUGCUUCUAGACCAGGAGGCACAACCAAGAUUUGGGAGUAGUGAAGCAUUUUGUUUCAUUUCCCCUAAUAGUGAUUUACUUUUGGAGAUCCUUGCCAAUUUUAUUUUCUAUAUGAUGAAGUAAGAUUGUGGACUUGAUCCAGAGGUGAGUAGUAGGGGGAAGCCGCAGCAUUUCCUUUUAACUCAGUUGAAUUUUCGUAGCAAGACUGAGCAGUUUUAAGUCCUUUGCGUGCAUGCAUACCUCAUCAGUGGUUGUACAUACCUUGCCCACUCCUGGCGACAGCUGUGCUCACCUCUUCCUGCUUUGUGCCUUGACUAAGGCUAUUGACCCUAAAUUUCUGAAGCACAGCCAAGAUAAAUUACAUUCCUUUUGUCAUUGUAAAUUACCUUUACUGUGUGUACAUUUUUACUGUAAUUGAGACUUUUUUUGUGUGUGACUAGUUAAUUUUGCAGGAUGUGCCAUAUCAUUGAAUGGAACUAAAGUCUGUGACAGUGGACAUAGCUGCUGGAUCAUUCCAUCUUAUAUGUAAAGAAAUCUGGAAUUAUGAUUUUAAAACCAUGUAACGUGGUUAUAAUUUUCUUAGCAUUUUCUUUGUAAAGAACUAAAAUAUAAACUAGUUGGUGUAUAAUAAAAAGUAAUGAAAUUCUGAGAAGAGUUUUAUCUUAGGAUAAUACAUAUAUAUGCAGUGUGUGUUCCAGUGUGGUAUUAACAAGACUAAUAGUGCAAUUUGAUCUUUACCAGUACCAUUACUUAAGUUGAAGUGUCCAUUAGCACCCCAAAAUGUACCCUUUAAAUGUACUGUUAAAGGAAAUUGGCUUCUGAUGCAUGAACAUUUACAUAUACAUUGAAAGUAGUCCAUAAUAGAGCUGUUAGUUUAAGCCAAGUAUAGACAGUACAUAACUCCCUUGAAAACAAAUUAAAGCUUAAAAAACAAAAAAAAAAAGAGUUGGCUUUGCCUUAAAAGGCAGAUCUAACCCAAGUUCCACCUGUUACCUAAUGUGUGAUGUUUCACCAUUAUUUGGUGAGAAUCACCAAAUUCUCACCAACAAGUUGGUCUAGGGCAUGUUACUUUUUAAACGGUGGCACUUAUUUUUACAGAUUGCUAUUCCAAGGAAGAAAACUGGCCACUUUUCAUGUAAAUAUUUUGUUAGAUUUAUCUCUCUCUCUAGGAUUUUUCCCUCAGUUCCCAGGAUAGUGUAUAGGAGUACAUUAACAAAAAAAAGUCUCCCAAGGAUAUCUUGUUUUGAUUGACUAGGGAACUCCAGCUCACUCAUAUGGGCUACAGGGAAGCUGUGAAUAGAGAGUCACAUGAGCCAAAUUCCCUACUUCACUGUUCAUUUAUGAACUCCGAGGGUAGUUGUGGGAAAUCCUAACACCGUGGUGAAAAACUCCUCUGUAAACUUGAAAUCUAGAACAAAUGUAGGUUUUCACAAUGUGCUUAUUAUUAAUAAAUGAAAUCUAUGGAAUGAGUUUUAGACAGAAUUUACUUCAAUACCAAUCACCUUUGUUUUGGAAGGGACUCAGGUUUUCUUGCAGCUGUAAGAUAUGUUCUAUUUGUGUUUAUUUCAAAGAGAAGAGGAAAAAUGGGGAACUGUUACUAUUGACUUUGCAGAGGCUGUUUUAAAAGGAGUUUCUGAGCCUAACUGACCUUCAAAGGGCAAUAAAGAUACGUGAAUUUGCUCAUUUUAAAGUCCAACAGAUUAGUCUUAAUUUAUUAUUUAAAUUAGAAGGGUACUAUCUCUGGAAGUUCUCCUCAUAUUCAAACAUGCUGUCUGAUACUAUAAUGGCUUCAUUCUGAUAAGUAAUCGAAGUAUAUUAAAAAUUGGUAUCAGAAAAGAUCUUGGUAGUAUAAUCAAGGACUUCAGUUUUACAGGUAGGGAAAUCUGAAGGCUACAAAAAGGACUUAAAACUGAGUAUUUAGAGGGGGAUGGGGAAAUAAGAGGGAAAGCUGACUUAAAUCUUAAACAAGUAUUUCCUUUAAGGAUAGAGAUGGUACAAGUGAACUUUGCAAAGUAAGUUUUGUGAGAUUAAAAAAUCCUACUCUUCAGUUUAUGUAGUGUUUAUGUAGUAUUUAUGUAACAAAAGUGGCUUGAUCCAGCUAUUAUUUAAAGAAUAACUUAAAUUUUUUGGAUCUGCGUUAAACAUUAUUUACUUUAUCAGACUUGAAAGCUGAUAUCCCUGUUAAUAAGUAACUAAAAUAUACAUUAUUUUAGUUAUCUAAGAUACCACUUUGCAGCCAGAUUUCAAAAACAAAUCUGUUUAGGCAAACAACUUAUCUUCCCUUCUAGGUUCACUCAGUGUACCUUGUUAAAACAAUUUGGAAACGCUCCUUCUAUUAAGUUAGGUGUAAAGAAAGCCAACUGUCACUGAAAAUAUUUUUAUUAAUUUCCUUAUAUAAAUAAUCAGCUACUAUAAUUCUUUGUUAAGGGAUAUUAAUAAUAGUAUAUUGAUAAUGACUUAAACAUUGUAGCUAAUUAAGACUUGUUUAUGACAUUAUUGAAAUUCUCAACCUAACAUUUUAAAAAUAGCUUAAAACUAAGCUUUUUCAUCAGGUAUGUGAAAAAGUACUGAAAAUUUUAAUAUUCUAGAAGUCAUAUGAAUACUGGGAACCUGCAUUUAUGGCAGAAUGGCUGGUUGGGAUUUUUUGUUUGUUUUGAAAUUGAAGGGCAGAGAUUUUAACUUCCAAGCCAGCUAUGACUUACAAUACCCUUUGAAAUUCUGUUAACUCUCACUGUCUCCCCAAGAGAAAACUGUAUAAUCUUAUAGUUCAUAUCAUUCUAGUUGAGCAUCCUCAUUUCACAGGUAAGGAAUCAUGGCCAGAAGUAAUAUGCCUGAACCACACGGUGGCAGUAGCACACUCAGGCUUACCCAGACCCUGAUGUAGCCCGUUACGAUACAGGAUAGCUAAAGGGGUAGGCAAUGAUAAUAACUGUACAGGAUAAACAGAAAGACUGAGAGAAGCAAAAUAACAUUUUAAGAAACAAUUGCUGUACUGUACACAUAAAUAACAAGAAAUGGCAUGCGGAAUAUGUGACUAAAUAUGCUUAUAUUUUAACUGUUUUUAUGACUUGAAGGACAAAGGCCUAAAGAGUUAAAAGCAUAAAAAGGUACUCCCAGAUAUAUAACAGAAAAUAUAACAUCUCUAUAUAAUAAACUUAGAAAUGAUAACUUUUAAGUGUAAAGUUGUGCGUGUCUGCGGCUCUUGAACUUGAAGAUUAUCAGGUAUAAAUUGGACCCUGCUCUCUGCUAUAUAUUAAAUCAAAACCAAAAAAACCUUGGAUACUUAGACUUACUACCUUAAAAAUUCAAAGUAAUAAAUGGUGACAGCAUUAGUAAUACUAAAUCAAAAAUAGUCAAGCACAAAGUGUCCAAGCAUACAUAAUUCAUCUUCUCAAAUUAUUAAGAAUGUAAUUCUUUUCUUGAGUUUGAAAAUUCUUUUCCAGAUACCUAAGAAAAAUGGAUACCUUCUGUAUUGAAUCCAUGUAGCAAUCUGAAAAAAGAAACCAAAAUGGGAUGGUAUUGAAAUGUUAAUUUGUAGCAUGUAAUAGUGCAUACAUAGUCCUAUACUCUAAAACACAAACACAUCUGCAAACCUGUCAAGCCCACUCACUCAUAACAGUAGUCACUAAAGAAACUUUAUUCAAUUAAAUUUAUGAGAGAUAUAUUAAUUAAAACUACAUCAUUUUGGUGCCUCUUCUGUCAUAGACUGUACAUCUGAAGGCAUGAUGAAUUUAACUAUAAAAUGAUCUUAGACCUACACUCUCUGGCCUAAGAACACACCGAAACUUGUUCCAUUUCAACAUGGUAAAUUAACAUGAAGCUAUUUGGAAUUAGAAGAGAGGAAUGGCUACAUGUCCAUGCUUCCUCUCUGAGCUCAAUGUUAUUGAGGUUCAAAUUAAAUACUUAUACAUUGCUUCUCUCUGGGCACCUAGCUACUUAUCAGAUCCUAGUUAGCAAAUUGCAUGUUUAGUAACCUUGAAGAAAGUUAACGAGAAUGAAGGAAAAUAAGAUGAAACAUUUCUAUUUAGACCUGAGAUUAUUUUCAGGAUGACCCAUAGGGACCAUGAAGAUGAGUUAAGAUGUCAGAAAAAGGAAGAUGGGUACUUAAGAAAUUAAAAAAGAUGGGUACUUAUUCAACUUCUAGGAUUAACAUCUAAUUAAAGACUCAAUAGUACUGCUAGCCUGCCGAUUAAACAGCUAUUGUCUUAAUUACAUACUGUUGUGUUUCUAACAUAGAAAAGUCAAACCAAUGACUUAGAACAUUCUGCUCUCUUUUUUUCCUUCAGCCUCUUUAAAAAUGAAUUGGCUAAACAGGCAAAAUUUUAUGGUCUAUUAGUUAGGAAGUCAAAGUGUCAGUGAUUAAAAACAAUACAGGUUAAUAAUUAACCUAAAAUUACCUGAAUAAUAAUUGACACUUAUUCUGCUUUCAUAAGAUUUACUUGCUUAAUUCAAGGAAAACAAAUUUUGGUCUUUAUUGCCCAGAUAAUUAUGACACCCUUCUUUCAGUUCAGGUAUGUAGAACUUGCCUCAAUCCACCACAAAACAAGUUACUGUAUUACUAAACCAGUUAGAAAUGAUAACCAGAUAACCGAUACUAUUUCAUACUUAAGAUCUAUUUGAUAAUAGCUAUUCUCAAUAAAGAAGAAAAGAAUGAGACCCAGUUAUAUGUAUUAUGACUCUUCUACCUUACAGGCUACUUAGAGACAAACUAUUAAGACUGACUAUGAAUGGGAGUUAGGGGAGGGGGCUGGAGGGGAGGACCACACACAACGCAGCACAAAUUGCCACAGAGGUUAUCUCCAGGCUCGGACUGUUCUUUACUACUGUUCUUAAAGAAAAUGUUCAUUCUGCUGCAGCUAACCAGCCUCCAUCUUCUACACCAAAUACUAUUCCAUGCCGUGGAAGUGCUAUGCAAUAACUCCCAGGUAGCACCUUAUGCCGCUUAAAAGCCUUUAAAUCUCUUAAUUUGAAGAUAUCACAGUAAAGAAAUGUAAACAUGUAGGAAAAGAAAAAUGUAAUUACCUGAUGAAGUCAUCUAUGUCCAUGGAACGGGCCCGUUUGUCACUAAAACCUGUGCUGGUUAGGAUUUGCUGUAUUUUAUCUGCUAUGCUGAAAUCUUCUGGUAUUAUCUAUCAAUAUAAGAUUCAGAAUAAAUGAACAACAUAUCUUUAAUGAA